AUGCCUCGAACACGAUCUGCUGCCCCAUCAGAGACGGCUGAGCCUGUGAAGGGACAGAAGGGAGUAUUGACCUCCGUGGAGACUCCCAGCAAAACUUUCAUCUUGCCCAAAUCCACCAGCAGCGACGCGCGCUUGCUCUCCCUUCCGAACCCGCAGACCGGCGACCUGUCACGCUACUACUUCUGCCCUGAACGCGGAAUAUUCGAAUUCAUAGUCGUCUCGACACCUUCUCAUGCGCCGCGCAGUAUCCUGUUCACCUAUGCGCGCCAAUUGAGCCGGGAGAAUGGAGCAAACGCUUCCAAUGCCAUGAUAGCGAAAAAGGCCGAUCUACUAGUCGCGACGCCUAUUGACCCCAUAUUCUUCUUGAUCCCCCUUCUUGUGCCCUCUUCAAAGUCAGGGCAAUCCCUCUUCCAACCCUUGGACGAUAUAAUUGAUUCCAACGAUGACCUCUCCCCUCACCUGCGCCAUGUUCUUUACGACGACAAAUUCCGCAGCACGCUUCUAUCGCGCGCCGGAUCGAUCUGCGACACCGUAGAAGCAGGCGACGAAGUCAUGCUGCGGUUUAGCGAGACGCAGCUCCUCAAAGAAAUAGUCGGAAAGGCAGAGCGAAUGGCCACUGCUGGGCUUCCAGCUAGCUUGGAGGAGCGCUUCAUCCGCCAGGCGCUUGCCGCGCCAUUAAUGGCAGUUAAACGCGAGGAUGUAUUGACUAAUCAGGCGCCCAGCAUCGAGGAUGCAGUCUCCGUCGCAGAAGACAAGCCAGAAUCGCCAUCCACCGUCGCUACGGCGGCGACGCCGUCUGUUUCAACGCCAGUCGGGGAGUCGACGCCCGUGCCGCAGUUGCCAGGCGACGAGUCAGCUGCGGGAGAGAACGUUGCACGUCUGCUACGUAUAUCUACUGCGCUGGCGUACAUGAAGGAGACAUACCUAUCUCCAGCACUGGCUAGUCGAUUGGAUGUGCUUCUCGCCGCCCCUGAAAGCCCAGUGGACUUCAAGCCGUUGAUAGAUCGGUUGAAAGAGCUCGCUGAUAUGCGCGCUGAGGCUCUUGCAUCUCGUAAGAUGUCUGACUUCACCCGGAAGCGAGGCUUGGACGAUGAAGAGGUUGAAGCUCGUGCCGAGAAGAAACGCAAGAAGGAAGAAGAAGAGAAGAAGGCCAAAGCUUCAGAGUCCCGUAGCGUGAAGAACUUGAAGAAGGUUAACACUACCGGUAUGAAGAAGAUGAGUGAUUUUUUCAAGAAAAAGUCUUGA